UUCGAUCAGUACCUCAAUAAUCCCUACAGGGAGAGUCACUUCCACUCUGAUCCGACGGGUUCUGAAGGAUUAAGGGCUGGCAAUACAGGCCUAGUUGGCGGUUCCGUCCCGCUCUACGACGAGGUUGUCUUAUCAGUGAAACGUAUCAACAAGCACUUCGAAUUCGAUGAAAUAUCAGGAAUAGUGAGCUGCGAUGCAGGAAUGAUCCUCGAAGAGCUCGACAAUCGAGUUGGUCUUCACGGCUACAUGAUGCCGUACGACCUUGGUGCGAAAGGCUCGUGCAUGAUUGGUGGUAAUGUGGCAACCAGUGCCGGUGGUAUACGGCUGCUCCGGUACGGUAGCCUCCAUGCGCAUCUUAUGGGAGUGACUGCGGUUUUGCCUACAGAAGAGGGAACAAUCGUGGAGUUGGGUUCGGCUCACCGCAAAGAUAACACUUCUUUACACACGCCUCACCUUUUCCUUGGAAGUGAGGGCCAACUCGGUGUCAUAACCCGGGUUGUGAUGAGUGCUGCGCCGAAGCCGGCAUCGGUACAGAGCGCCAUGUUAGGAGUGGAUACUUUUGAAUCCUGUUGCGAUGUGCUUCGCCUGGCCAAGCGUCAUCUGUCAGAAAUUCUCUCGUCGUUUGAAUUUCUCGAUCGUGAAACGAUGGUUGUUCUUGACGAAGCGCUUGGACUGAAGCCUGUGCUGCAAUCGAAUCCUCGGUUCACUAUACUCGCCCAGUCAAUUGAGGAAUCGUCAACAAUGUGGCGUCUACGGGAAAGUGCACCGUUAGCGGUGGCAGCCGAUGGUUUUGUCUACAAGAACGAUGUAUCCCUUCCACUGAAGAACUUCUAUCGUUUGACCGAGGAAAUCAGAACGAGGUGUUUUCAAUACAACAGCAUAGUGCAUAUCGGUCACCUUAGGAUGGCAACAGUCAUCUUGAAAUAUGUUGCGAAGGAGACAGACCAAAAUAUCUAUCCGUUCUUGUACGAAUGGGUGAAUGCACAUGGUGGUUCAAUUUCGGCUGAACACGGUAUCGGACAACUGAAACGGCCGUACGCCACCCUUGGGAAGUCGCCAGCAGAAAGGGAUUUGGUGCGUCGGCUCAAAGCGGUGUUCGAUCCGAAGGGCAUUUUAAACCCUUACAAAAGUUUC